GAUGUAGAACUAAAGCGGCUGAAAGAUGCUUUCAAGAGAACCUGUGGACUCUCGUAUUACAUGAGCCAGCAGUGCUUCAUUAGAGAAGUGCUUGGCGAUGGAGUUCCUCCAAAAGUUGCAGAGGUUAUUUACUGCUCAUUUGGGGGAACAUCCAAAGGACUAUAUUUCAAUAACCUGAUAGUAGGUUUAGUCCUGCUUACAAGAGGCAAAGAAGAAGAGAAAGCAAAAUAUAUUUUCAGUCUCUUUUCCAAUGAAUCUGGAAGCUAUGUCGUCCGGGAAGAGAUGGAGAGGAUGCUUCACGUAGUUGAUGGCAAAGUCCCAGAUACACUCAAGAAAUGCUUCUCUGAGGGUGAAAAGGUAAACUAUGAAAAGUUUAAGAACUGGUUAUUGCACAACAAAGAUGCUUUCACAUUUUCCCGUUGGCUGCUGUCUGGAGGAGUGUACGUUACACUCACGGAUGAUAGUGACACCCCUACCUUCUAUCAGACUCUGGCUGGAGUCACGCACUUAGAAGAAUCAGACAUCAUCGACCUUGAAAAACGAUAUUGGCUGCUAAAGGCUCAGUCAAGAACUGGACGUUUUGAUUUAGAAACUUUUGGCCCUUUAGUUUCCCCUCCCAUACAUCCAUCUUUGAGUGAAGGUUUGUUUAAUGCAUUUGAUGAAAAUCGUGACAAUCACAUAGACUUUAAGGAAAUUUCCUGUGGGCUUUCAGCAUGCUGCAGGGGACCCUUGGCAGAAAGGCAAAAAUUUUGCUUCAAGGUUUUUGAUGUUGACCGGGAUGGUGUUUUGUCUCGCACUGAACUUAAGGAAAUGGUGGUUGCACUUUUAGAGGUCUGGAAAGAUAACCGUACUGACAAAAUACCUGAAUUGAACAAGGAUUUAUCUGAAAUCGUGGAAGACGUUUUGAAUGCACAUGACACCACAAAGAUUGGGCAUCUCACCCUUGAGGACUAUCAGAUCUGGAGUGUGAAGAGUGCGCUUGCCAAUGAAUUUUUAAAUCUGCUUUUUCAGGUGUGCCAUAUAGUUUUGGGGUUAAGACCUGCUACACCAGAAGAAGAGGGACAAAUUAUUAGGGGUUGGUUAGAACGGGAAAGCAGAUACGGUCUCCAGCCAGGGCACAAUUGGUUUCUUAUUGCAGUGUCAUGGUGGCAGCAGUGGAAAGAGUAUGUCAGAUAUGAUGCAAACCUUGUUAUGAUCGAAUCUUCAUUUGUUUUAAAUGGAGGUAAGAAUGCAGUCAUAGCUGCUUCAACCCAUGCAUCAGAGCAGGGAGAAGAAAAAAUGGGAGGUCUAAAUUACUUCAGUGCCACAGAAGAAAAAAUGUCAGAUAAUAUUUCUACUGCCUCAGAAGCCUCAGAGACUACUAGCAGCAAUACUCUUUACUCUAUCACUCCAGGGACCGAUAUGUGUUUUGCUAGGCAACAUAACACUUCGGACAAUAAUAACCAGUGUUUAUUUGUAUCCAACGGGAAUAUGCUGCUACAACAUAAUCCAUCAAAACCUGGAGCCAUUGAUAACCAGCCUCUUGUAACACAAGAACCGGUGAAGGCUGCAUCAUUAACAAUGGAAGGUGGAAGAUUAAAACAAUCUCCACAUCUGGUUGAAGGAAGGGAUUAUAUAAUGGUACCAGAACCAGUAUGGCGAGCCCUUUACCACUGGUAUGGGGCAAAUCUAGCAUUACCUAGACCGGUGAUCAAAAACAGCAAAACGAACAUGCCUGAGUUAGAGUUAUUUCCUUGCUAUCUGCUCUUUUUGAGACAACAGCCUGCCACUCGGACGCAGCAGUCGAACAUCUGGGUGAAUAUGGGUAUGACGAGCCUGAGAAUGUUUCCUCAACAUUUACCUAGAGGGAAUGUACCUUCUCCCAACGCUCCUUUAAAACGGGUGUUGGCUUAUACAGGCUGCUUUAGUCGGAUGCAGACUAUUAAAGAAAUACAUGAAUACCUGUCACAGAGGUUACGAAUAAAAGAGGAAGACAUGAGGCUAUGGAUAUACUACAGUGAGAAUCAUCUCUCUCUCCUGGAUGAUGAGGAUCAUAGGCUGGAGUAUCUGAAGAUCAAAGAUGAGCAGCACUUAGUAAUAGAAGUUAGAAACAAAGACAUGAGCUGGCCAGAAGAAAUGUCAUUUAUAGCAAACAGUAGUAAAAUAGACAGACAUAAAGUUCCUACUGAAAAAGGUGCUACUGGAUUAAGUAAUUUGGGUAAUACGUGCUUCAUGAAUUCUAGUAUCCAGUGUGUCAGUAAUACACAGCCUCUAACACAGUAUUUCAUCUCAGGAAGACAUCUUUAUGAGCUCAACAGGACAAACCCAAUAGGAAUGAAAGGACAUAUGGCCAAAUGCUAUGGGGAUUUGGUUCAGGAGUUGUGGAGUGGAACUCAGAAGAACAUCGCUCCAUUAAAGUUACGGUGGACAAUAGCAAAAUAUGCUCCAAGAUUUAAUGGCUUCCAGCAGCAAGAUUCCCAGGAGCUUCUGGCAUUUCUCUUGGAUGGUCUUCAUGAGGACCUGAACAGAGUUCAUGAUAAGCCAUAUGUUGAGCUGAAAGAUAGUGAUGGUCGACCAGACUGGGAGGUAGCAGCAGAGGCCUGGGAAAAUCAUCUGAGAAGGAACCGUUCAAUUGUAGUGGAUUUAUUUCAUGGGCAGCUAAAAUCCCAAGUAAAAUGUAAAACAUGUGGACACAUAAGCGUUAGAUUUGACCCUUUUAAUUUUUUAUCCUUGCCUCUGCCAAUGGACAGCUACAUGCACUUAGAAAUUACAGUAAUUAAAUUAGAUGGUACUACCCCUGUUCGAUAUGGUCUGAGACUGAAUAUGGAUGAAAAAUAUACAGGUUUGAAAAAGCAGUUAAGUGAGCUUUGUGGGCUGAAACCAGAACAGAUUCUCCUUGCAGAAGUACAUGGCUCUAACAUAAAGAACUUUCCCCAAGAUAACCAGAAAGUCCGAUUAUCAGUGAGCGGGUUUUUGUGUGCAUUUGAGAUACCGGUCCCAGGAUCCCCUAUGUCUGCUUCUAGUCCUGUGCAAACAGAUUUCUCGACUGGGCCAUCAACUAAUGGGAUGCUCAACAUAAUGAUGAAUGGAGAUCUUCCCCGACCAACACUAAUUCCAAACGGGAUGCCAAAUACUGUAGUGCCAUGUGGAACGGAAAAUAACCUUGCCAAUUGGACAUUGAAUGGUCACAUGUCCUUGCUUCCUGAUAGUCCAUUUAUAGGAUAUAUAAUAGCAGUCCACAGAAAAAUGAUGCGGACAGAACUGUAUUUCCUCUCAUCUCAGAAGAAUCGUCCCAGUCUCUUUGGAAUGCCUCUAAUUGUCCCAUGUACUGUCCAUACUCGGAAAAAAGACUUGUAUGAUGCAGUAUGGAUUCAGGUUUCCCGACUUGCCAGCCCUCUCCCUCCCCAGGAAGCUAGUAACCAUGCACAAGACUGUGAUGACAGCAUGGGGUAUCAGUAUCCAUUCACACUAAGGGUUGUGCAGAAGGAUGGAAAUUCUUGUGCUUGGUGUCCAUGGUACAGAUUUUGUCGAGGCUGUAAAAUUGAGUGCACAGAAGAUAGAGCUUGUGUUGGAAAUGCUUACAUAGCUGUAGACUGGGAUCCUACAGCUCUCCAUCUCCGCUACCAGACAUCACAGGAACGGAUUGUAGAAGAGCAUGAAAGUGUUGAACAAAGCCGGCGAGCUCAAGCAGAGCCCAUCAAUCUGGAUAGCUGUCUGAGAGCUUUUACCAGUGAGGAGGAACUGGGUGAAGAUGAGAUGUAUUACUGUUCGAAGUGCAAGACUCAUUGUCUAGCCACCAAAAAGCUGGAUCUUUGGAGGCUUCCCCCUAUCCUGAUAAUUCACCUGAAAAGAUUUCAAUUUGUAAAUGGUCGCUGGAUAAAAUCUCAGAAAAUUGUUAAAUUUCCUCGAGAGAAUUUUGACCCGAGUGCCUUUCUGGUGCAAAAGGAUCCAAGUCUUUGUCAGCGAAAGCAGCUAACGCCCCAGGUUGAUGAUCUCUCUGAGCCACAGAUUCUGCAAGGGGAGUCUAGAAAAGCAGAUCUUCAAAACACUUGCCCAGCAGGCGAAGGGGAUGUGCUGAACAGAAGUCCUUCCUCGCUCAACACUACUAGCAUCUUGAAUAAUAUCAAAGCAUCUCCAUCACCAGGAAGGCGAGGUGGAACCAGCUGUCCUUCAAGUAAAACCGGUAGCCCAAAUAGUAGCCCAAGGACUUUAGGAAGAGGUAAAGGGCGGCUUCGGCUACCACAGCUAGGCAAAAACAAACUGUCAAGUAGCAAAGAAAACUUGGAUGCAAGUAAAGACAAUGGUACUGACCCCGAGCAGAAAUUCACUUCUGACCAAGGAGAUGCCUUUAGCAGAGGGCGUAUUUUGGGUGGUAGCCAGAAUGAGCUCUUUACUGCUCAGGACAAUGAGAUGACUGUAGCCAAUGGAUAUGUUUGUGAGCAGAACACGUAUAGUAAUGGCAGUAUCAAUGGUCAGAUGGAUAACCACAGCGAGGAGGAUAUUACAGAUGACCAAAGAGAAGAAGUUGGUGUCAACCCUAUUUACAAUCUAUAUGCAAUUUCGUGCCAUUCAGGAAUUAUGGGAGGGGGUCAUUAUGUUACUUAUGCCAAAAACCCAAAUAACAAGUGGUACUGCUAUAACGACAGUAGCUGCAAGGAAUUACAUCCUGAUGAAAUCGACACCGACUCUGCCUACAUUCUUUUCUAUGAGCAGCAGGGGGUAGACUAUGCACAAUUUCUGCCAAAGAUAGAUGGCAAAAAGAUGGCAGACACGAGCAGCAUGGAUGAAGAUUUUGAAUCGGAUUAUAAAAAGUACUGUGUUUUACAAUGAGCAAGCGAUCUUCCAUGGACAGUUUGAGAGCAUGAGGGAUACCACCUUGUAACUUAUAUUUUGCAAAAAUGUUAUCGAAGUGGAUGAGCUUAAUGUAGUUAUCCAGUGAUCUGAAAGCACAAAAAAGAAAACCCUAAUUAAAUAGCAGUUAACAUAAAGGUAGUAUUGUUUUUGUUCUAAUAUCUCACUACAUGCUCUAAGCAAUUCUGAUGUUAAACAUCAGACUAAGACUGCCCUUGGCCUUUAAAUAAAAUGGUUUGACAAAAGCCAACUAGGACCAAAUAAGAGCUAAAUUCAGUAGUCCAAAUAAGAGCUAAAUAGAGUUGUGUAGAGUUUACCAGUUAUUCUAACAAAACCCUAAGGCUCUCCUUAGAUUUAAGAUGAUGGGAAAAUAAAUUGUAGUGUUGUCUUUGGACAACAUGAUAUUGCUACCUCCUUUUUCCUGAAGUUUUAUUCCAUUUUAUUGGCAAGACGGGGAAAGCAGGAAAACGUAAAGUACACAAAGCUCAGAGAAUGGACAUCAAGGCUAGGGGAUUUUUUCCAGUUUUGCCACUACUUUUUCAGUUGCUUUCUUUCCCUCAGUUGGGAGCACAACCACAUCAUUUUUUAAUUUGGAAGCAGAUUGAUUUCUACACUGGAUCAGUGUAUUAGAAUUUGUGUUUUCUUUACCUGUUGGCUGUGCAAAUCCGCAUGUUUCAGGAUCAGCUUCCCAUGUGAGGACUCGUAUCUGUUAGACACUUGAAAUGCCUCAUAAAAACGCUUCAGGCUGGGGGCGGUACAUUUGCGAUUAUAUGCACUCUCUCUUAAAAUGUGCAAAGUGUUCCCAGCUCUUUGAAGGGAAGAUGCUUGAGCUUGCGUUAUAUGUCAUGAUUAGUGUUGCUUUUUAAAUUUGCACUUUUAAAAAUUCAUACAGUUAAAAUUCAAAAGUAGAAUUUACUUUGUAAGGGCUCUGAAACGAAUGAACAUGACAAUUGUCCUGUGUGUGUGUGUGUGCGCGCGCGCGUGCGAGUGUGUUUUGUGUUUGGUUUUUUUUAAGGUAAGAAAUUAUGGCGGUCAGGGAGCUGUGGCAAGAUAAGAAUUAUUUUUAUUAUUCUUUUUAUUGUUUUAAAUGGGGGGUCUUUUGUUUUGUUUUUUCCAGCAAAUAAUUUGCAUUUUCCACCUUUCUCACUAAAACAGGUUAAGCAUUUAGUUACAGUUUAAAAAAACAAAAC